AUGAUUCGAGUUUUUAAAUUUGUUGGUAAAAUUAGGUUUAUCGGGAUCUUUUGUUUGUGUUUGGCUGUUGCCAUUUCCCACGCUGCCCCACAAGGACAAUACCAACAAUACACAUCACCGAUUCCAAUUUUAAGACACGAUUCCGUCGUUAAUCCAGAUGGUUCUUACCAAUACGCAUACGAAACCGCCAACGGUAUCGUGGGAGAAGAACAAGGAUAUUUGAAAAAUGCUGGAAAUCCAGAAGCCGAAGCUCAAGUUGCACAAGGUAGAUUUUCAUACACCGGUGAUGACGGAGUACCAAUCAGUCUUACCUACGUAGCAGACGAAAACGGAUUCCAACCUCAAGGUGCUCAUUUGCCAACCCCACCACCAAUUCCACCAGCAAUUCAAAGAGCUCUUGAAUUUCUCGCUUCUCAACCCCAACAAAACGAAUACAACGGACAAUUCGGACAAAAUUUUUACAGAAACAAAAAAUAA